AUGGCAACUCACGACGAAUGGCGCAGCGCAAGCCAGCAGCGGCAGCGCUCGACGUCGCGACCACGCACCCCGCGUCCGACCACGCCGCUGCGGCCGUCGUCGCGGUCCUCGUUCCGCGAAUCGGCGCGCGGCAGCGUACACAGCGAUGCAUUGUUCCCGCUCAACGCCUUCGAGCCCGCGUUUGCAGAGCUCUCGGACGCCAUGGCCGACCUAGAGGCCAACAUGAUGCACUUUCAAAUCAUGCACGAGAGCCUGUCGCGCUUCACCGAGAGCUUUGCCAGCUUCCUGUACGGCGUCAACAUGAACGCCUUUUGCGUCGAGUUCCCAGAGGCACCCGUGCCUGAGUCGUUUGCUCGGGCGAAGCAAAUGGAGGAGAAUCCGCCUGCAUCUAUGCAGGUUCCUGAAAAGUCUAGAGAGGUCGAUGCAGAUGCGACCUUUAUGACAACCGAUACGUCUUUUGUUGAUAACCCGCCCGCAUCUUCCAAGGCGGCCACACCCAAAAAGAUCUCAAGCACAAGGGGAACGUCACGUGGCCGCGGUACUGCCAACACCAGAGGUGCCAGUACCAGAGGUAGAGCAUCCUCGGGGAUCGCACGCGGUACUACUCGAGGUGCCAGGCCUAGCGGGCUGCCCAGAGGCCGUGGAAUGCGCCCAGUAUAA